AUAUAUAUGAUUGUCUUCUGCAAUCUUCUUCCCAACUUCAGAUAAGAGAAACCAAAAUUCCUCCGAAAGGCCAAUCUGUUGGGAUUGUCACAGAAGCACGCAAGGCUUAUGUCUCCGGAACAUCCUCCAAAAGGACGCCACCUUGUCCCGUCCGGGGUCCAUCUCCCGAGGGGCCCGGAGUACUCCCCUACCUAUACUACACCGCUCAAACCUGAACGCAGAUGGUCCAGGUACCAUAGAACGAGCAGCAGGCUCGUUGUAUACCUCUUCGCCUUAUUCGUACUCUUCUGCGCCGCACUCCUGGCCUUCGCCCUCAUCGUGCGGCCCAAGGCACCCCGGUUCCGAAUGAGUGAAGUGAGGAUCAAGAGCUUGACGUACAGCUACAACAACAACAACAACAACAACUCUAUGCAGCUAGGAGGUUUAUCUUCAUCAGCUGCUUCGCUGAACGCAACCCUGGUGGCAGUGAUCACAGUCUCCAACCCGAACUUUGGGCGGUUUGAUCACGAGAAAGCCACGGUGAGGGUGGUGUAUGGAGGGGCUUUGUUUGUAGGAGAGAAGGCGGUUAGGCCUGGGCGGGCUGGGGCAAGGGGGACUGAGAGGUUGGAGUUGGAGAUCGAAGUCGGGAAGACGUCGGGCCAGGCCUUGGACGAGAGCAAUAGCGUCGCUGGUAAUUUUACGAGGGAUGUCGGGUCAGGCUUGGUGAAGCUAAGGAGCUACGGGAGACUUAGCGGGAGGGUUUAUUAUUUGAUGGGAAGUGAGAAGGUGAAGAAAAGGAAGACGGCGGACAUGAAUUGCGAGAUGAAGCUUAACUUGACUUCCCGCUUGGUGCAAGAUUUGGCCUGUCAGUGAGUGACUAUCUUAUCGAACGGAAUUUUGUUUAUUUUGAUGGUAAACAGACUUUAUUUUGUGAUAUAGUUUUUAGUUGGAAUUCUCUUGAUGCAUAUAGUUCAGAAGAACGAUAUAUGUAAUAAGAUAUCGUGGUCUUAGCUACCCUAGUUGCAUUA